AUGAAUAAAUCAAAAUGGUUUUAUGUAACUAUUGGACUAAUUUGUGUUACUUGUUUAUUUUUAAUAGGAAGUUUUGUAACAUUUAGUUUUGGUGUUCCACGCCAUACAUAUAAUAAAGUGACUGGAAAAAGUAUUUUAAAUAAUUCUGAAGUAGUUUCAUGUGGGGACAUUGAGGCUCAUUCUAUUCGUUUAACUGUUAAUGGAUUUAACUAUCAAUGUGGGUUUACAACUACAACAAGUGUAAUAACAUAUAUGACUCUUAUUGCAAUAUUUAUUUGUGAAAUAAUAGCAUUAAUUCUUUAUUUAAAGAGGAAAAAGAUACUUGUCCUUGUAGCAUUAGGUCCUUCAUUGUUAGUUCCUAUUGGAUUAAUUAUAUUAACUUUUCUUCAGUCAAAAGAUAUUCAUAGUGGAUCAUCUACAUGUCAAACUUAUAAAUCAAAAUUUCAACAAGGAAGUUGUUCUUCUUGGGUUUUCAUUGCAUCACCUAUUAUUAAUUCUUUUGGGACAUUAAUAAGUUUACUUCUUCCUGGUAUUUUUAUUUAUAGUAGAUGUAUUAAAAAGAAUAAAAAAAGUAAAGAAAACGAUGAAAUAAAUCUUACUAAAUCAAAAGUUGCUCCAACAUUACCAGAAAAAGAUACAAAAAAUAUCCAAUUUAAUGAGGUAAGAUCAGAAAAUCAAUCAUUAAUUUCAAAUGACAGUUUAUAUACUAAUCAAAACCAAGAAGUUAAUUUCUUUGCUAUUCAAAAUAGAGAUAAAUAA